UCGAAAUAAACGUCAAUUUUAACAUGUCGUUUAGCUAUCGAUCUUUUAAAGAUCUUUCCAAGAUCUUAAACUUGUCACAAUAAUUCUUCGAAUCGGGCCGUUUGUCAAAAUAUGUGGCUUGGCCGUUGCGUUACAUGGACUAUUGCAGGAACCUAUAAUAAAAAGUAAUGAAUGGUGAAUAUUUUUUUCACCUUUCGCCCAUAAGGCAACCACCAAAUUAUGAGGGUUAAAAAAAAUGACGAAGCGCUUCGAGAAAAGGUAGAUAGUACCCUUGCGCUUUACUUGGCUCGUCUUGGCAGGGGCACGGUGCCCCCAGAUGACAACAGGCGCAUCCAUAAUGAUUUGAAUUUCUUUAUUUGUAAUGAUAGUACUGUAGUAGUAGUAGUAUACUAUAGUAGUAGUACUCUUGCAUUUUCUUUUUGUGAAGUGGAACUGCUGACGAAUAGUUUUAGUUACCUACUACAAAUAUAAUGGAUCGCUGUCUUGGGAAGAUGGUUCUUUUGUUGUUAAAAGUUAUUUAAUACAUACACUAAUGGAUUAUGCAUCACAUUGAAAGUUAUGCCAAUUUACUACCUACGCGUUAUAUACCUAUCACCUUAAAUAUUCUGGCGGUUUCUUAAUGGAGACCGCAGCACUAAUUCCUCAAUCAAUGAUAGUCGGCUGAAACACCUGUAGAAAAUAAUAAGCCCAUCAAAAACAUAAAUGUCAAAUGAGAGCCAAGUUCAAUAUUAAUGAUAUGCAUCGUUGUUGACUUCGCCGACAAAAUAAUUGAACGUCAGAGAAUUCUCAAUCAGUUUUAAGCGAGCUUAAGACUCAUUAAUAAUAAUUCCAUUAACGUUGAAUUUUAGCUUUAUUAAGUAAAUCCAUAUAAACGACAACAUACCUACUAUCAAAUCAUGAUAUAAAAAAAAAAAACUUUUAUUUCGUGUAACAAGAGACACAUAUCUUCUUAAACUAACUUUACCAUACGACAGUACUAGUGGGAGAGUGUAAUCUUCCACAGUGUGAUAAAUAGAUACAAUCCACCCUCUCGGCUAUCAUCUUCAGAAUGAUGUUGGGACUGCCCCGCACCCGACGCAUCAGGGAUGCGGCGCGCCCGCGCAUUACCGUGUGAAAGCAAUUUACGCGCGCCGCAGUGAACAUACCUGACGCGCUACAGAAACGGGGCAAUCCCAUCAACACCCUGAAUGCGUUAUUGUAUUGUACACGAAGGGCCCCAUAAGCCCGUUGCGUAUACCGCGCCCACGGGCAGCAGGUAUAGAGGGAAGUGCAAAAAGCUCUGAAUAAUGUUGCUUUCACCUCUAUAGAGCAUCCUGCAAACCUUCGAGCGAUCAUAUUCGCCCGGACCGACAGGGCCCUUCGCUCUCUCUCCAAGUCCAUAUCGUCUCUGAGAUAUCGUCGAUAUAUAAAUAUAUCUUUAUCUAUCUUUAUUUAAACGUUUGUAGUAGGUACCGAAUAGAUAUUUGAGAAUUAAGAUGCAACUGUGGAAAGUAAGCCAUUUUAGAGCAAUAAAUUUUACAAUGCAUUGUUGCAUAAACUACCUCUAAGUCAAGUAGGGAGUGGUCAAAAUUUUAUCUUAGUUUAAUCACUUCCUUUUCUGAAUAAAGUGAGGUGGCGAGGGAAAUGGUAACGAAGGCCCUGGUGGAGCUGGCGGAGGCCGGGCGAUGCCGGGCGCUUCGGCGCGCCGUGCAGGCGCUGCGCCAGCGGGCUGACGCGGCCGCCGUCACAAGCCUGGCGCACGGUAGGCUGCGACAAAAAAGAGAAGCCGUUACCGGGGAACUGAAAUCGAUGCGAAACCAAUUUGCGCAGGAACUUCGCAGCGCGGAUUGCAAGGUUGCAUUUCUCCGAGACAAACUGAAAGAUGAUCUUCUCAACGCGAGCACACGGCUGCGCUACGCCGACAAAUGGCUGUGCGGGCGCGCCGAGGCGGCGGAGAUGCGAUGGCAGCGAACGCUCGCGCCGGCGCCGAGCCCUUGCCACGAGGAGCGCGUUCACUCCGAGCUGGUCAAGGCGUUCCACUUACAAAUAAAGGAACGUGAAGAGCUUUUUGAUUAUUGGCGAAUCCGAUAUUCUGAUGAUUUAGCCAAGAUAAAUGAAAAGUUAGCAAACAUACGAGAUGUUUACAUGGAGGCUAUUAAGUGCAGGGAACAACUACAAAAUUUAUACGACCUUCACGAGGGUGAGAUGCGCGGCUGGCUGACGUUCAAACGCGAGCGCGCGGCCCGUCUGGCACGCGAAGAGCGCCUGCGCUGCGCCGCCACUCGCGCGCAGUCUUGGUGGCGCGGUGUCAUGGUGCGCCGAGCGCUCGGACCCUUCAAACAUUUGAAGAAUGCCAAGAAACAGCAACCGAAGACCAAGAAGAAGUAAUAAUGUGUUCACAUUGUAAUGGCUCUCAUAUCCAUUUCAGUAGCAUAGAGACUUAUUCGAACUUUAGAUACAGAAGGCCAAUUUAGUAUGGGUGU